AUGAGUCUCACAGUGGGCGGUUACCCGCAGAGUUAUCCACAUCAUCCACAUCCACACCAGACGCAUCACUAUCACCACGGACACCAUCCACUUCCCAACGGAGGAGGCGCCGCGGUCACCGGUGGAGGCAUGUCCUCACCGGCCGCCCCGCACGAGUUCUACCCUACGUAUCCCCACCACCAGAUGGCUCGCUACCCUGAGCACCCCGACACUACCGCCGCCGCCGUCGCGGGCGGAUAUUUCCCCAACUGGAUGCUUUCUCCGCCGCCGGAGCUGACCACGGUCACUGGACACAUUCCCGACGGCUAUCACAGUUUUGGGGCGCCGGGCGCCAACUCACCCGGGGGCACUCACUACCAGUCUUUCAUCCAGUACGAGAACGGGGUGCCCGUGCGUUGCAUUAAGCGCCGGGUGACAGCAAACAAAAAAGAACGGCGGAGGACGCUCAGUAUUAAUAACGCCUUCGCCCAGCUGCGGGGCUGCAUCCCAAAUGUUCCCUCGGACACCAAACUGUCCAAGAUUAAGACCCUCAGACUGGCUACCAGCUACAUCUCUUACCUCAUGGACAUACUGGCCAAAGACGACCCAGAACUUUCCAGAACCGGCUUCAAAGCGGAGCUAACCAAAAAAGUGACCACAAACCAGUCUAUGGUGUCCAGCGCUCAAGGGCUGACCAACAACGGAGGCCUCACGUCUACCGUCAACCUAACCAACCUUAAACCUGAUGUAUGCGUGUCAUCGGCGCUAACACACGCUCGGACAUUACUGGACAGGGGAGAAGACAAACGAAAACGUGAGUCGGAUGGAGAGAGUGAGACAAGCAGUCAAGGGUCUAGUCCGUGUCCCGAGAAAAAACCUAAGGGCAGAACUGGCUGGCCCCAACACGUCUGGGCGGCAGAACUGAAAUGACGCAACACUUCCGGUUCUUGCAAAAAAAAUCUGGUAACUUCUAGAUACAUCACAACCUGAGCAGAUGUAGUGGAGAAAUGGUCAGAAAAGUUAAUAACAUUGUUAGCUAGAAAGAAAACAAAUGAACAAUGCAAAGUUAAGACGAAAAAGUUGUGCCAAAUAAACUUUUUUUGGUACGCUAAUGAUAUUUCUAGCAGGUCACUGUUCAAUUUAAAAUGACUUCUAUCAAAAUGUUGUUACUACUCAAAGUUCGCUUCAAGACGUGAACUAUUUCUGUAAAAACAUUGUCACUGUAUGAAGCGGCAGUUUAUCGAUUGGUAAAUGGACGGUAUUUCUCUGGGGGAUUAUGACCCAGCAUUGGAGUGAACGAGAAAAAGACUAAAAUUUAUGCCCAGAUUUUUUAUAUUUUUUUCUUGCAAUAAAAAAAUAUUGCAUUCAAAUCCAAAACCAUAUCAGUAUUUUGUAUAUUUAUAUCUGAAAGUUGUUGCUACCUACCAAAGACAAACUUCUCCAUGUUUAAUAAAAUGUAUAUAGUUAUUUUGUUUGAAUUUAAAAAAUAAAAUGUGUUAGAUGUAACACUGUACAUAGGAUAAAGUUUACGUAACACUGAGACGGUACACUCUAAAUGAACGCCAUAAUUUUUACUUUAGUAAUUCAGUCAUUGUGUUGAAGUUUAAUUCCUGCCAUAUAGCACUUUCUAUGACAUGUUCAGAGAACUGGAAGACAAAUUUGAAUUAAAAUUUCGAAUUCCAAAACACUUCCUAGCAAGAGUUUAGAUCAAUUAUUUGCAUGAAUUAAACAGACUCUCUUCUAAAACAGCUACAGAUUAUUGCGCUUUGACUUGGGUGAAUUAUUCAAGUGCAUCUAGAGUCUCUUGUGAUAAGAUCGUGUAGAUAUUGUGUGAAACGAGUGAUCCAGGGUUGGAACCCUUAAAUUGACUGACUGGUCGAGUGGAAUGCGCUUCGGACAUCAGGAAGGUCCCGAGUUCGAACCUUAAAUUGACUGGCUGCCUGGUUGUGUGGUGUGCAAUUCGGACUGUAAUCAUGGUUUCAAAUUCGAAGCCUGUCCUCUACCGUCGCCUGCUGUUCUAAACAAAAAACAACAACUAUUUAAUCAAUCAAUCAAAUGUCGGUGAAUAUAUUGAUUGAGAGACCUGAACACAGUAAAGACCAGGCAUUGAUACCAAACUGUUUGAAUCAUGUUCAGCUAAGAUCACUGAAUAUAAUUAUUAAUGUUCAAAUGAUCUGAAAGAAUUUUAAGCGGACAUACACAUGUAGUGAAACAAACCAUUUUGUACCGAAUGAUAGAAAGUAAGUUUUAAUGAGAGGACACGGUGACCAAGUGGGUUGCAAGAGAGAACUGUAGACAGAAAACAGAGCUGAGUGACCUGGCUUAGCCGUUGAGCAGACGAUAUGGAAUGAUGGGCGCACCACACUAUAUAUAUAUAUUGGUUUUAUUACGCUCUUCAUUAUGAAAUUAUAAGUCACAAUCUCUGCUGAAAUUAUUUUUGUUAUCAAGAAUUAAAGACUGUGCUGACUACAUCUUUGAGGCUUUUAUUCUAGUCCUUUAUUCUUGUAUUUGUUUAUGUUCAUUUUAUAGACAUUAUUUUAUCACAGUUUGCAUUUAUAUUGAUCUUCUAAUUUGAGUUGUUUAUUUUUAUUUUGCUGUUUUCUGUUCGCAGCAAAUAGAAAUAUAUUUGUUAUGAAUUUCGUACAUACAAAAAAAAAAAAAAUAAAUUAUCGCAAUUCCAAACUAAUUAAAAAAGAAAAGGUGGGCAUUUAUCAAAUUUCAUCUUUUUAACGUUUGUUGUUCGGUGUCAACUGAGCUUCCUCUAUGUAUGUCAUUUAUUUAUACACAUUAUAGUGAACAAAGAAACAUCCGCCAUUUCAAUUCUUGAUGAUAUUUAGUGAUGUGUUUACAAUUAGUGGGGAUUAAACUCUGGUCAGCAAAGAGUUAAAUAGUAACAUAUUACUGUAUUAAAUAUUAUCUGAAGAACAUGUAAUUGUACUGAAUUACUUCAUGUCUCAUAAUCCGACCGGCAAGUAAAAUAAACAAUUUCUUUAAGUUUUGUUUUGAA